UCAAGGAAGUCGAUGCUCGAUGAUUAAUACAUUCACAUAUUAUAAUAGCUAUCAACACAAGGGUAACGUACUUAACACACCAAAGCGAGUCUACUGAUUUUGUGGAAGUUAUCGGUGGUAAGCAUGUACAUGAUGAUGGCAAAAAUUACAUUGGUAUUGACUACAUUAUUUCUUCUAAUCGGCCAAAAAGGCUACCUAACUCGCGGACAAAAUAUCUGCUCAGAAAAUGGAACAUCAGUCGUGAUUAAUGACACUCAAGGAACAAUACAUGUCCCGAGCGUGGAAAAACCUGAGAACGAUCAAACAAAUAAACCUUGUUAUUGGCGGUUUGAGCCUGGUACUAAAACGUUUGGUGUUGAGCUGUCUGUGAAUAUAAAAGAAGACAAUCAAGAGAUAGUCGAAAUAGAUCUCAUAGAUCAAAAGUAUAGAAAAGCUUCAUGCACAGAGGACGGAGGCUAUUGCUUAGAGUUUUACGAAUAUGAAGACAACACAUAUUAUGGUACUUGCAUUGAUAAAUGGUGGUGGCUGCGAGAAUACUGUCGCGUGAAUGAAACGUCGGAAAACUUGUUGAAAUGUAUUCCAUGUGCGGGUAGUGGUUCAACGAGACUUGAACAUGAAAAAACAUACUGUUAUGACAAUUGUGGAGCAGACUUCAUGCCGAGUAAUAAUUGUAAUGAGCACCCAAACAGAAAGGUUGAUGCGUAUAUUAAUUACAGCAACCCUAAGUUGAACAAAUCAUUUAAUAUAACGUACAAAAUAUUACCGUGCAAAGGAAAUGAAUCUCAUGUAUCAGCAGGAAAAGAAUCAGAAUGUUUCAGUAAAGAAGAUAAAGGUGCAAGUUACCGUGGAAAGAUUGCAGUAACAAAGUUUAGUAUAGAGUGUCAGCGAUGGGAUGAUCAGUUUCCCCACGAACAUUCAAGAACUGCAGAAAAGUAUCCUUUUUCUGGACUGGAUGAUAAUUUUUGCCGAAACCCCGACGGAGAGGAUGGCCCGUGGUGUUAUACAACAAACGAUGGAGAACGAUGGCAAUAUUGUAACGUUCCUGAUUGCAGCUUAACUACAACCGCUGCGAAAACUACCAUUCACACAACGAUAACACAAGAGACUACGGUUCAUGAAAAAAUAACUUCGUUGACUCAAGAAACAAUUUCUGUUCAUUCAACAGAAACGGCGAGUUCACAGAGAGCAGCUACGCCACCUACCGGAUUCGCAGAAGCCAGCGACGCGGGAAAGCAAACAGGGGAUAAAACACUAGCCAUCGUCUUACCAAUCACUGGGGCAAUACUGAUUAUUUUAAUCAUUUUACUGGCAGUUAUUGUGAUUAAACGAAGGAGACAUCUGAAUGCAUCAUCGAGUGCAAAGACGACGGUUAACAACGCGUAUGAACAAACUAAUUUCGAUCAAGCAGAAACAAGUCCAGAAAUGAUUGAUAAUAUAUUGUAUGAUUCACAACAACAGAAUGAAAAAAUAGAAGUUGAAAAUGAAUUGUAUGGAAGUGCGUGAACAUUCUCGCCCGUGUGCAUAAGAAUUUUUAGUGAACAUUUGAUCUGUGAGUGUCGCGAUCAAGUCAGAUAUUUAGCAAACUUGAUUAAAAGAUGAACAUGAAUGAAGCAUGAAAAACUGCAUAAUCUUCUGUCCAAAUAUUUCAUUUAUUCGAACCAAGAACAUAUCAUGUAUUUUGACUCGUUUGUCCACUUUGACUACUUGUCCUGCUUUUAAAGAAAACUGCUAUAAGGUUGUGUGAUCAUUUAGACCAGAGGUGUGCAACCAUUAAAACAGGAUGGCCAGAUACAAUUAACAUAGGUAUUCUAGUAGUUACAAGCACAAAAAUUUUGGUUAUUGAUCACUUGACAUGCGUUGUUCGCUUUUCACGAGCUAGCUUUUGGGGGAUUGUAACAUUCGUCAUAGGCCUAAAAAAUAAAUUGGAAUUACUCGUAGUAUCAGUUUAAUCUAUAUAAAACCUAGUUUCGCGGGCCACACACCAUUCAAAAUUGGCACUUCUACGCAGGCCGCACAAUUUUCCCUUAUGGGCUGCAUUUGGCCCGCGGGCCGCAGGUUGCACACCCCUGAUUUAGACUCUCGUGGCAUUGUCUAUUGAACAAAUUUUAAAACAAAUAAUAUUGUUGAUUCGAUCAUGUGUAAUAUAAAUUCACGUUUCGUCAUGUUUACUCUUUCAAUAUUUGUAAGAUUUUUAAUUUGUUUAUUUAUUCUAUUACUAUGCAAGAGCAGAAGUUUUUCGUAACCAUGAUAAUCUAUAUAUGCUAAAAGUAAUAAGCAUUAAUGGGUUUCCAUAUAAUCACAUUCACUAGCAGGAAAUGAAGUUAGAAAAUGUUUUAUCCAACCUCCAACCACAAUUUAAUUGCACUUGUUGGAACUACGAAACCACCAGUGCCGGAUUUACCAUGAUGUAGGGUAGGCUGAAGCCUAUGGGGUCUCGACAUUCAAUUUUGAACUUUAAUUCAAUUUAAGUAGUUUUUCAAUCCUUAAUUCUUGUUCCAAAAUAAAAAUCGGUUUGAAUUAUGAAACUGAUAUUUGUUUGAUGUUUUAAUCAGAUUAAUAAUUCUUUUUCCUUACUAUUUACCGCUUUUCAGAUCAAAUCCUCAAAUACGGUCGUACAAAUGAAUUUGAAAAACUCCACUUCCUUAGUCCUAAAAAAUAAAAUAUGUUAAUGUCAAUUAUGGUAUCUGUUUUACCGUUAUAAUGCCUUCAUAUUAUUUUUUUAACGGCAAGAAAAUGUCAAUAUAUAUCUACACAAAUUCAUUUCAUCAACAACGAAUCAAAGAAGGUUCAUAUUGUUUACGAUUUCAGAUCAUUUUAGUCGUAAACCAGAUUAUUUCAAAAAUGGAAUAAAAAUUUUAUUUAUCAGUUUUUA